AUGGCAAAGUCUAUGAGAUCCAAAAGCAAACGCCGAUUCAGGGCGAUUAAGAGAGUUGAAGUUUUUGCACCUGUCGAAGAAGAGAGAUUACAGCAACAAGCUAAAGAACAGGCUGAAGCUGCCCUAGUCGAAUCACUCCAUAUGCAAACAGAAAAGACAUCUGAAAACGAUCAAACCAUUGUUGACGACGAUGAGGAACAAAGAGGACGGAAGGGUGCUCCUCUUGCUGCUCCAAAGAUGGAAAUAGACGGGUUUGAACCUACUCCAAAGCAACUAAAGAGACAAAAGAUGCAACUGUAUCUGUCGGGCAACCAGUUUAGGAAGAAGAAGAGGAUUGCAAAGCUCAAGGCUACAGGUCGUAAAGCUCCCAAGAUCGCUAGGAAGGGGCGAAAAAUCUAA